AUGUCUGUGUUUUCUUUUCUAAGACCACCAAGAUUGGGCUUCAGAAAGGUCCCUACAAAUCCGUGGAUCAUCGGCCUUACUGUUGUGGCUAUAGUUUUGGUUCUGGCACUUGUCAUUGGUCUCCUGGUCUAUUUUUUAGUAUUGGAUCAGAAGCCACAUUACUACCAAACUUCCUUCAGGAUACCUAGCAUUGAAUAUAGCAAUGAAUUGGAGGCAGCCCAUUCUGAAGUUAAAGCAAGAAUCACCGAUCAGGUAGAUAAUAUUUUUAAAAAAUCCAGUUUAGAAGGAAAAUACAUGAACUCUCAUGUCAUCAAAUUCAGGCCAAGCACUGAUGGUCUGAAAGCAGAUGUAUUGCUUAAAUUUCAGUUUGCAUCUUCUGUAAAUGAAAACACAAUAAAAAUGAUGGCUGAGAACAUUUUGCAUCAGAACUUAAAAGAUGGCACACAGUCCUUGGAAUUAGAUGGUUCCUCACCUCAUCUUCAAGUUAUGAAUACAGUACAAGCAGAACACCUUAUAAACAAUGGUUGUGGGUUGGGAAUAGACCCUUCAUUUCUCACUGAAAGAAUUGCUAAUGGAGGAACAAUUUCACAGAGGGGUUCUUGGCCUUGGCAAGCUAGCUUGCAGGUGGAUAGAUACCAUAUCUGUGGUGCUUCUCUGAUCAGUGACCAGUGGCUACUAACUGCAGCUCAUUGUUUUAAUAACAAUAAAAACCCACGACGAUGGACUGCUACUUUUGGAACAACUCUCAGUCCUGCCCUGAUGAGACGAAAUAUACAGUCAAUCAUCAUUCAUGAAAAUUAUGCCUCCCACAAACAUGAAGAUGACAUUGCUGUUGUACUUCUGUCCACUCCAGUUACUUUUUCAGAGAAUGUCCGAACUGCAUGUCUCCCAGAAGCCACAUUUGAAGCUUUGCCCCACUCUAAUGUGGUUGUCACUGGAUGGGGAGCAUUUAAAGCAAGCGGUCAAAUUCCAAAUAAACUACGAGAAGCCAAAGUGGAAAUCAUAAGCAAUGAUGUCUGUAACAGAAUAGACGUGUAUGGUGGAGCUGUAUCAUCAGGAAUGAUAUGUGCAGGAUACUUGUCAGGAAAAAUAGAUGCUUGUGAGGGUGAUUCUGGAGGACCACUGGUUAUACCAAACAACAGACUCUGGUACAUUAUUGGAAUAGUAAGCUGGGGAAUAGACUGUGGAAAAGAAAACAAGCCCGGACUCUAUACCAAAGUGACCCGUUAUCGGGACUGGAUUAAAUCAAAAACUAACCUCUAA